UAAAUACAUCGUCUUCUUAUCCUACUGCUGGUAUUAAGACAUUGCAAGACAUGAUACACGUACGUUAUUUCACGUAUUGAAGAAAGGUGAAGUGGAAGGUGUGUGAAUCUAGAAACGAUGAAGCACAGCGCUGUGUGUGUGUUACUGACGCUGGCUCUUACGUGUACAGGCACUAAAUCCGUGGACGAUCACGCCAAUGAUGAAUGGACGGUCAGAGUAAGAAAGACUGCGAAAAUUUCAACUCAUCCAGCACUUCUUGUGCGGCAUGGUGCAAGAAGCUCUUUUGAACAAAUAUAUUCACCACAGGCAUCCCGAACAGAGACUAAUUAUGUUCCAAGAGACAAAAACAUCAAACAAUCGUUAGAGACUGGAAAUUUUAGUUAUAAGUUUCAUGUUAUCGAAUCCAAUUUCGAACCUGUAAAAACACGCGUAGUUUCAACCACCAACACACCAAAAUUCACAAGAAAUUUCAAUAACAUCAACAUAAAGACAAAAGGGAUUGAUCCUUCCAAUGAAAACACAGGCAUUCUCAAGAAACUAGAGACGCACGGAUCAAGAGCCUUCAGUUACACGAAGGCUAAACUAAGAGGAGAUAGCAAACCUUCAGCUGGCAAUCCACCCCAUCGUACAGUAAAAAUAAACGGAAGCGUCGGGACGCCUGAUAUAUCAGGCAGUCGGUCGCAAUGGAAGAAGCAAAAUAAAGGCAAACAUGGAGGGGAUCACUGGGUGGAAUACGACUUCGAUCAAGGAACUUCGACCACAACUGUGCACCCUUCACUGCCGGAGAAUCCUGAAGGACUGAAAAACCCCACACUUUUGGUGGGCCUAUGGAUUGAGGAGCCGAAGGAACGCGAGUCAAAAGCACAUUUUGGAGGGGAGAACAAUUCCCUGGUGCACGCACAAAUCGAUACCACCGCUAAAUUGCCGUGUGUUAUCUUCAACAGGGAUGACCAUGAAACCAUUUCGUGGAUACGAAGUCGCGACCACCACCUCAUCACGGUGGGGCGGCAGACCUACAGCAGCGACAACCGCUUCUCUGUUAACUUCAACAGGCACCUCAGUCAAUGGACGUUGUACGUACGCUACGUGCAGCCGCGCGACGCAGGCGAGUACAUCUGCCAGCUGUCGACGGAUCCUCCGAUGGUGCAUCUAGUCAGGCUCUCCGUAACUGCCCAGGCCUCGUCGGUGAUCGCGGGCGGGCGCGAACGCUACGUGCACGAGGGUAGCAGCGUGAGGCUGGAGUGUGUCCUGCAGAACCACACGCAACCUCCCGACUACGUCUUCUGGUACCAUAACGGUACCAUGAUUAACUAUGACCUCAAUAGGAAGGUGUCAGUCGAAGCGACUACUGACGGCAGUGUGCUGACGUUGCUGUCGGUUGGCCGCACCGACAGCGGCAACUACACUUGUUCCCCCGCCAACGCGCAGUUCGCCUCCAUCACUCUGCACAUUAUACUGGGCGACACGUUGGCGGCCAUGAAGGUAUCAGGAGCGUCAGAGUUGGCCAGCUAUAAAUCUGCCAUCUUUGUUCUACUCUCGGUCUACUCAACUCUACGCCCGCUCUUGUGACGCUGAACUCCUCCAGCCGCUGCCUAUUAUGGCGUUGAAUUAAAUAAGCUGUAAAAUAUUGUAAAAUAUCUAAUUAUUUCACAUGAAAAAGAAUAUGUCUCUAAAUAGAUCUAUGCUCGUAUUAUGUAUUUAUGUAUGUGGAUUUACAGAAGAAAUGUUAGAAUUGUCGUUAUAUAUAAAUGUUUCUGAUUGUUACAAAAAAUAAUAUUCAAAAUAUUUAACGUUGAUGUCGAUUAAUAUUUUAUGAACGAUUUUCCGCGGUUAAUAUUUAUCCGCGUAUAAGAGAAGAGAUUGAUAAUAUAAA